AUGUCAAACUUUCAGUUUCAACGGAUGAAUUUGUGUUGGAAUUUGUCUCAUUAAAUAUUUUUGUGCAUUUUUAUUGAGUAUUGUUCGGAGAUUAUUAAUAUUGCAGUGGAGUUAUGAUUUAUGUGUGAUAUUGUGUAUUUCAUUUUAAACGCAUUCAAUAUAAAAAUAUGGAUCCUUUCACUCAGCGUAUGUUAGAAAGAGCGCGUGCGAGGCAAGAAAAAAUCGACCAGAAACUGGCUAAUUCCGGACAAUCGGUUCCAAAACGGAAACCGUUGACAGAAAACAUUAUUAAAAAUCAAGCGUCACCAAUUAAAUCACCUAUAAAAAACACAAGGGAAUCCAUUUCGUCUCCCAAAAAGUCUAUAAAGGAACCAAUUAAUUACGACGCGCCUGUUAUAAAGAAAGUUAUACAAAAAUCUGAUCAAACAUUAGUAGCGACGCCGCAAAGAGUCCGUAAUGAUAUCGUAGUCACAAAAAAAGAGUUCAAAAGUCCCAAACGAAGCAGUCUUAAUCGUCGGAAUUCAGACGUGUCUGUGGAGAUAAAUAUUUCCCAUAGGAAUGACAUUCAGAUUGAAGUACAGGUUGAGGAGAGAGAUGCCCCAAUCAGCAUUGUGUAUGAUACAACAGCUGAUCGAGGGAACAAUGUUGUUAUUCAAGAAAUAGAAGAUGAUACAACAAAAUUAGAAAAGAAAGCUAUCGAGAUGGCAGAUGAUAAGACAGAGAAGUCAGGACUACGUCACAAUUUCAAAUCUAGACUGGACCGACUCGGCAAUUUGUACUCUGAUAAGCCUGAUUUAUCUUCACCGAUACAUCGAACUGAGCAGGAGUUUACAUUAGCAACCCCACCUCUGGUCGGAGAAGCUCCUAAACCGAAAGGUGGUGGGAAGAAGUAUGGUAGACUGGCAGCUCUCGCUGACCAGAUUAAUAACUGGGAGGAUGAUUUGACACAUCAUACACAUCAGUCAACAGAAACCAAGAAGACACAUCCAACCAAAGACGAGAAGCUAGAUGCUUCCACACUUGAUGUUUCAAUUCACUCGAUUAAAGAUAUCAACAAAGUUUUGCAGACUGCUACAAAAACUAACAAGAGCAAUGUCAAUUCGAAUACAUUCAAGAAACCUAUGAACGAGUGUCAACGAUUGGGUAGAAAAAUUGUCGCAGAACUGGAGGGCGAGGGGUACCGCCGCGUCUCCGCCACCCAAUCGCGGCUCGUUUACGAAUUCGCCCCGACGAAACACGAACUCGACCGACAGGAGCCGAAGAGUGCGACAACCCCCAGUGCAGCUCCAGCCCCCAACAUGGCGACUAUGGUGGCCGCGUCGCCGGUCGCAGUGACAAAAAAGCCUUCCAUUAAAAAGUACAGGGCGCCGACGCCGCCGAGUAAAUUGGAACUGGACGAAAACUGUGAAAGUGAAAAGGACAAAGAAAACAAUGUUCUCGAACGGGAAGAGAAUGACAACACGGAGAGCGAUUGUAUACAAACAAAGCAAGGUGACAGGCCGGUGUCUCAGGGCUCGCCGGUCAUUAGGAAACUGGCGCCGAGAUUGAACGGCAAUGUUGACAGGAGUUCGGUACUGUCCAAAGCGGCAAUGUUCGAGGCCGGGAGCCCUAGGUCGAAGGAGAAGGAUCCGGCUGAAAUGUCGCUUCGUGAACGCAAAGCGUUGUUCGAAAAGAAUAAGGGUGUAGCGAUUGUACCGAAGGCUCCCUUCGGCCUCGCACCCUCCGUCAAAACACUGCACGGAGACACGAAAGAUAAACCCGUUAAGCAGACACAAAAAACGCCGACUAAAUCUAAUACGCCCGAGAGAAACUCCAGGACGAAUUCGAAAGAUAGCUUAGCGGAAGACAACAUCAGUCAAAGUUCCCUGGGUGGUGGUAUUAAAGGGAAACUGGCAGCGCUUUUCAAUAAGGAGCAGACGAUAAGCGAGACGACGAUAGCUAAUAAGUUCAAGCAAGAAAGAGACAGAGAAAUGGAGAUGUUACAGAACAGAUUCCAUUAUAAGCCGAAAUCACAGAAACCAGAUAACAAUGAAUCCGACGACGAUCAAAGCGAGCACGAAUCAGAAAAGGCUCCUCUGAUGGGAAGCACCACAAGUCUGUCCCAAGCGAACAAGAAACCCGAGAUCAUCGCCAACGUACCGAAAGCCACGUUGGAAACAAAACCCGAAUCGAGAGACGACAAUGAGGUUGAGCAUGACAAGGUUGUAGGUUCGCAACCUGUUAAACGUAGAAGUUCACAAGACUCCCCAGUGGUUUUAUCGGUAUUGGAAGAUGUUAAAAGGAUAAAAGUGAAUAAUAAUAAGGAAAAUGGCACAGUAGUGCACCAGCCGACCGGCUUGUAUCCACAUCUAUCUGACAUAGAGACGGACAAUUCGAACACACAAGAGGAAUAUUCGGAUUGCGGAGGAUCAAGUUUGGAGAAUAUACCCGAGAGGUUGAACAAGUCGGAUAACUGGGCUGAGACGUCGUUCGGGAGGGAGGUGAUGAAUGUUGUAAAGAAAAAUAACACAAGUUACAAGAAAGCAGUUCAGAGCGAUUCAGACGAAUCGGGCAGCGCCUGCGACAGCGAACUGGACGAGCUGCUUGAUGAGGCUCUGGAGGAAGAGGGACCCACGCCGCCUAAGAUAAACAAGGUGAAUGAGCACGGCAGCCUGUCCUCAUCGAGUUUCGUGUACCAGGAGAAGGGGUUCAAGUCGCCGCUGAAGGGGCAGGUGACGCCGUCCAGGCCGGAUCGUGGCAACGAACUGGUCCACAGCGUCAGUUUCUACAGGCGUAUGCAGGCCUCGUCCACCCCGUCCACCCCGAUGCGCGUGGUGCGCCACACGUCGCCGGAGCGCGACGCGCCGCCCACGCCGGAGCCCGUGGCCUGCGUCACCACCGUGCGCCAGCGCAUCAAGGAGCUGCAAAACGAGAUCUCCAAGCAGCAGACCGUUAUAUCGCAGGCCAGCCAAGCUCUGAAUCUCUGUGCGGCCACCAUCGAGUUCAGCGGAUCGACUGAACAAGCGGAAGGGGAGAGACUACUCCUGCUAGCGACUCACCGUCGGCAGGCCUGCCUGCAUGAGGUGCAGCGCUUGCAGGUGGAGGGCGCCGGCCCGGCCGCCACGGCCGGCAUGGCCACCCUACACAUGAGCAACCUGCAGGUGCCGCUCCGGAGAGAUUAUAUAAGACAGCUGAAUGCCGAUGGCGCAGUGGGGCACCACGUCGUCUGUCUACUGAAAUGUCGCGACCGAGUUCUUGCAACGAGCAUGCAGCUAACAAAACCCAAUGCACCAUUACACUUCCCUGACGAGAUACGUAUGGACGGACUUACAAGUGAUUUCAAGGUGACCGUUGAAGUAUACUUGCUUCAAGCAUCCAAGGAGGUUCUACCGCACAAUGUGAAAUAUCACAUUUCAAACAAAAAAGGCAGCUCUAAGCUAUUAACUCCAAAGUCCAAGGUGUCGGAAUUAAAAGCACCUCGCGUGCAAAGCCCAGCCGGCCCCAUGUCGGUCCGCAGCCCACAGUUCCAGUUGCACGGAUAUUGCAUAUUUGCACUCCAGCAAGCUACACGAAAGAAUUUCACACUUAAUAAGGUGCCGCACGGCAGCCCGCUAGAGGGCUCCCUGAGCGUGCGGAUCAGCGCGCGCGUGGUGGUGCCCCCCCCGGCGCCGCACGCCGCCUUCCUCACCGCCUUCGACGACGUGUGCGGCCUGGGCGCCUGGCACCGGCGCUGGUUCCGUCUGCAGCCGCCCACGCUCUCCUUCUGGAAGUACCCCGACGACGUGCACAAGAAGAUGCCGAUCGGUGACAUAGACCUGUCGACGGUGAUCUCCGAGAGGGUGGUGCGAGCGCCGCGCGACCUGUGCGCGCGCCCCAACACGCUGCUGCUGGAGUCGUCCGUGCCGGCCGGCCUCAUCGUGCCGGACAGCGGCUCGCUCGUGUACGUGCGCGGCGCCGACGGCUCCGUGCGGCGCCGCCACCUGCUGGCCGCCGACACGCCGCUCGACCGCGACCUGUGGCUCGACAAGCUCAACAGCGCGCUCGAGUACGUGCGCUGCUCCGCCACCGACGACGACUGAGUGCGCGUGUUCGUGCGACCGGAACUCAGUGUUAAUCGAGCUAUAUUUCUAUUUCAUCGAGUACGUGUCGCUGGUUGGCAGUGCAUGUUAAGUAACGUACAUGCAUAGGGAAUAAAUCUAGAUACAAAUUACGUAAAUAGUAAUUACUGGUAUAUAUAUAUAGUGCUUGUGUGUUAGUGAUACAUCCAUUGUUAACGAUGUCGAUAUAGCUUGGUACACAAUACAAAUAUUACAUUAUUAUAACAGCCGGCGCGAAUCGUGAGCACAGAUAGGCUUGAGUGGAAGUAGUGGGGGCUAGUUCACGUAUGUACACUUUCGGCCGAUUGACAGCCUCCUGCUCCUUCGUUCCUCCAAAGAGACGUAAGUAUGUAAGGUUGUGCUCACGACUUAUGUCGCUUACCAAUCCGUGAGGUGAUUAUGUUCGCAAUGGCACCAAAGUGUCGAAUUCGGUUUUUGCUUGUAAUUACUCAUUGUAUUAUAAAAAAAACUAUAUAAAUAAUAUAUUUUUCUUUAUUUAAAUGAAAGGAACGAAGUAAACCCAUCAUAAAACCACUUUAAUGUGUUCCGCGAGAAAAUUUAGUAUGAAAUUACAAAAGAUUUACAAAAUUAAUGAGAGCCUUUAUAAAACCAGCGUUUUCACUGCGUAUUUUCGUACGAAAUUUUAAUCUAUUAUAGUAAAUAAGACUUAAUUAAUUCACCAAAUUUUAUUGCAAUGUGUUCAGCUGUGAAGCUAAUUUGAUUAUUUAAAAAAUAUAUAUUUAUAAUGACCUAAUAUGAAAAAAAUAUUAUGCUUAAUACAUUUAACACUUUAUUAUUGGAUAUUGAUAGAAUUUAAUGU